CUUUUCCCUGGCAUUCAAGAUCUUCAAGGGAUGCUACUCCCAAUAAUUUCUUUUUUGACGAUUUUGUUUGCAUGAUUUUCCUCUCUCCUGCAGACGCCGAGCGACAUCAAGGACUUCCAGUCACAGCUGAUGAGCAGCAUAUUGCAAUUGUCGUGCUGCAUAUUGCCGCUGUAUGAGCCAUGAGUUACGGUGGCCGUGGAGGUCACUGGGGUGGCCGUGGAAAUGCACGGAGAGGUGCAUAUGGCAACAACUGGCAACAGUCGCAACAAGGCUGGUCUAACAAUCAAGGUCAAGGCUUCGGGGCUCCUUCAUAUGGGCAGGGAAACUGGUCCCAAGGAGGACAGGGUGGAGCUGAUGGUCAAGGCCUGAUGGGACCAGUUCCGACAGGGAAUGCAUAUCAAGGCUACGGCGGAGGUCAAGGAAACACAUUUCAAAGCUAUGGCGGUGGAGGGAGGGGACGGGGUAGAGGUCGUCGUGACCGGAGAGAAACCCACAGAUGUGAAUUGCCCCCGGACAGCUCCAUGGAUGGGUCUGAAGAAGGCGGAGAAGGCAGUCAGAGUGGAGGGCGAGAGAGGCCCCCACCUGGUCUCCGUGGAAGAGAUAUUGGAAUGUGGUACGCCAAGAGAAGCCAGGCUCGUAAGGAACGGGAGCAGAAACAGAAUAGGCCAACUGUGUCAAUGGACAGACGUCAAGAACACCAAAUACGACAGCUGCUGACGGACUUAAAGGAUUCGGACGACACACCACCUGCCACAUCACAUUCUGGUAUGUCAGCUUCGUCCUCCGCUACCACACCUAUGCAUCUGCCGGGUGGCGGGAAGAGCAGGAAGCUACAGUCAGACCGGGGCUUCGAUGAAGAGGAAGACCAGACUGCGAAGAGGCCGAGUAGUGGAGCUGGGGCGGCGUGGGACAGCACUGGCCAGCAAGGGAAGUCACAGACAAGAUUUGUGUAUCAGGACAAACAGACAGAUAUGUUCCCUGAGAGCAGUGAGCCACCAGACAACUGGGAAGUUCUAGCUGGCGAGGAAGAGACGGAGGAGAAGAAAGGGGAUGGCUCCUUCUUUGUUGAGGUGGUGCCCCCAGGUGGGGCGAGCAACUUGCCGUUGAAGGAGGAAGAGGACAUGGAGGAGGAGGAGGUGCCCAGUGUAGCGGGCGUGGUGCAGUACCUGAGAUCUCACGGAGACUAUCCCUACGCCAGUGAGGAGCCAGAAGCAGAUUUUGCCAGCUCUGUGCCCCAGUCUGAGAACCCAACCUUAGACAAGGAAAUGCAGGAAACAUCCCGCAAGCUGCUAAACAACCCGCAGUUCACCAAGAUGUUAGAGUUUAGGCACAAACUUCCCUCUUAUGAAAUGAAAGAGACCCUGGUGUCGGCUGUACAGGAGAACCAAGUCCUGGUCGUCAGUGGCGAGACAGGCUGUGGGAAGACAACUCAGGUUCCCCAGUUUAUCCUGGAUGACUACAUAGAGCGAGGCUUGGGCUCCCAGUGUCGUCUCAUCUGCACACAGCCACGUCGAAUCAGCGCUAUUUCCGUUGCGGAGCGUGUGGCUGCAGAGCGUUGUGACCGUGUCAACGACAGCCAGCAGUCAAGUGUCGGGUACCAGAUCAGGCUGGAGGCCAAGAGGCCAAGGUCCCAAGGUUCAAUUCUGUUCUGUACAACUGGUAUUGUGCUCAAGUUUCUGGAGAGUGACCCAAAGCUGCAGCGCGCCACUCACGUCAUCAUCGAUGAGAUCCAUGAGCGUGACCUUCAGUCCGACUUUCUCAUGAUCAUCCUCAAGGACCUGCUGGCCGUGCGGCGCGAUCUCAAGGUCAUCUUGAUGAGUGCUACGCUCAACGCAGAAAUGUUCUCCCACUAUUUUAACGACUGUCCUAUGCUGAACAUCCCAGGCUACACAUUCCCGGUGAAGGAAUAUUUACUGGAGAACAUUAUAGAAAUGACAGGGUACCGCCUCAGGGAAGGCAACACGGGCUUCAGAGGUCGGAAGCGAGAUACGCAGAAGGAUCGGGAGGAGCGCGAGAACUACAUGGUGUGGCUGAGGACUCUGAUAGGGAGGUAUGAUAUGAAGACAAUCGAGGUGCUCAACAAGUUUGACUACUCGUGUAUCGACCUCGACCUUAUCCAGCAUAUCAUCCACUACAUCUGCACGCAGAUGGAGGAUGGAGCUAUCCUCGUGUUUGUGCCGGGCUGGGAGGAGAUCAAGAAACUCAACGAGAUGAUACAGAAGACGGCACAGUCACGCUCAGGCUCGCUGCGUGUGAUCCCACUGCACUCCCUCAUGCCCACCGUCAACCAGAGAGAAAUUUUUGACCGCCCUCCACCAGGAGUGAGGAAGAUCGUCAUAGCUACCAACAUAGCAGAGACCAGCAUUACCAUCGAUGACGUGGUGUUUGUCAUCGACUGCGGCAAGAUCAAAGUGAAAGACUUCAACCCAGACAUGAACCUCACGUCCUUGGAACCACAGUGGGUGUCCAAGGCCAACGCUAAACAGAGGCGGGGUCGGGCUGGCAGAGUACAGCCGGGCCACUGCUUCCACCUGUACACAGAGUUCCGCUAUCAGCUGUGUCGAGAUUACCUCCCGCCAGAGAUGUUGCGCACACGACUCGAAGAACUCUGUCUUCAGAUCAAGCUGCUCAAGCUGGGCCGUAUCGUCCCAUUCAUCGGCAAGGCCAUGCAGCACCCGUCCAUGGAGGCCAUCACCCACGCCGUGGACACGCUCCGAGAACUGAACGCCCUGGACCAUGAUGAGAACCUGCUACCCCUAGGCUACCAUCUGGCCCGGAUGCCUGUGGAGCCACACACGGGCAAGAUGAUUCUGUUUGGGGCCAUGUUCUGUUGUCUUGACCCCAUCCUCACUGUGGCAGCCAGCCUCAGCUUUAAGGACGCGUUCACUGUACCGCUGGGCUGGGAGGAGAACCAGAAACGGGGACAGAGUGGACAGUUUUGCUGGGAGAACUUCCUGUCUGACAACACGCUGCGGAUGCUGCGAGACAUGAAGAAACAGCUGGCUGAGCUUCUCCACGACACAGGAUUUGUGGCCUCACGGAAUCCCAAGGAUGGUCCGGCCAACAUCAACAGUGACAAGUCGAGUCUGAUCCGAGCUGUCCUUUGUGCCGGACUCUACCCCAACGUGGCUCAGGUCACCAAGGUACACAAGCCAGGCCACAAGAGGCCAGGUGGAGUGGCCAUGACGAUGAAGGACGACAGUCGUGUAGCUGUCCACCCAAAGUCGGUCAAUUCAGAGGAGAGCUUCUUUGAGAGCAAGUGGAUGGUUUUCUAUUACAAGCUCAAGACUACAAAGGUGUAUAUCCACGACUGUACGAUGGUCUCCCCUUACCCACUGCUGUUCUUCGGCGGAGAAAUCAAAAUCCUUCGGGACCAGGGCACAGAGCUGGUGUCUGUGGACGACUGGGUUAUCUUCAAAGCCUCGGCCUCUACUGCUCAAGUGGUCAAGGAACUCCGCCAACAACUGGACAAGCUGCUGACCAGGAAGAUCACCCGGCCGGGCCCCACCUCGUGGGACAACAGCACCUCGGAGGGGCCCCUCAUGGCGGCCAUCGCUGACCUCUUGUGUACCGAGGAGGCGGGACAGAGCAUGGGAGGGAGUAUAGGUUACCCCCCUGAAGGACAGUAGUAUCACUGGAGGUAUCAAGUAUCUCUCUUGAGGACAGUGUGGGAGGAGGUAGGGGUAUCCUUCUUGAGGACAGAAUGUGGGAGGAGGUGUCAGGUAUCCCUUUGAAGGUCAGUGGUGUAAGAGGAGGUAAUGGAUGUCCCUCUGGAUUACAGUAGUAUGGAAAGAGGUAUCAGGUUUCCUUCUUGAGGACAGAAUGUGGGGUGAGGUCUCAGGUAUCCCCUAAGGAAUAGAAAAAGGUAUCCAUCCCCUCAGCCGGACAGAAUAUUGGAGGAGGUUUUGGGUAUCUCCCUUAAGGACAGUACUAUGGGAGGAGGUGUGGGAUAUCCUUCUUGAGGACGGAAUGUGGGAGGAGGUAUUGGGUGUCGUUCUUGAAGACAGAAUGUGGGAGGAGGUAUCGGGUGUCGUUCUUGAAGACUGAAUGUGAGAGGAGGUAUCGGGUGUCGUUCUUGAAGACUGAAUGUGGGAGGAGGUAUCAGGUGUCGUUCUUGAAGACAGAAUGUGGGAGGAGGUAUCGGGUGUCGUUCUUGAAGACAGAAUGUGGGAGGAGGUAUCGUGUGUCGUUCUUGAAGACAGAAUGUGGGAGGAGGUAUCGGGUAUCCCCAAGGGGACCGGGACCGAAAAAAAGGGAGAUAGUAUCAGGUAUCGUCCUGGAGGACGGUAGUGUGGGAGAAGGUAUCGGAUAUCCUUCAAGAGGACAGAGUAUAGGAGGAGGUAUUGGGUAUCUUCAUGGAGAACAGCAGUAUAGGAAGAAGUAUCAGGUAUCGUCCUGGAGGAUAGUAGUACGGGAGGAGGUAUUGGGUGUCCCCUGGAGGACAGUAUGAAAGGACGUAUCGGGUAUCCUUCUGGGGGGUGAGUAGUAUGGGAGGAGGUAGCGGGUAUCAUUGUGGAGGAUAGAAUAUGGGAGGAGGUAUCAGGUGUCAUCCUAUGGGAAGAGCAGGAGUGGAUGCUGAGUUUGGCUGAUGUGUGUGAUCUAUAAGACAUACCAAUAAUUUG